GUCCCCGCCUCUCCUUAACCUGCUAGCUGAGGUGGGGAGCGGCAGAAGGAGCCGGCCGCGCGGUGAUUGGCGGAGGCCGCUCCCAGCCCCCGACACGCGCCCCUCCCCCGCUCCCCACUCUGGACUCCCGCGCUGGGCGCGCUGAGGCGGCCCCCGAGCGAGCGCGCGUGCAGCCGCCGCCGCCCCGAGCACCCGCAGCUCCGGCGCCGCGGCGAGACGGAGACGGACCGAGCCACGGGCCCCCGCGGCCGCAGCAUCUCGGAGGAGUGGGUGAUGGCAGGGGGGUCGGUGGGCUUACCCCUCCCGGGCUAGGACAUCCUCCUCUCCCCCUUCUGUUUCUGCGUGAGGCGCACAAAAGGGCGGGGAGCCGGGAACAUGCUUGCCAACUCAGCCAGCGUGAGGAUCCUCAUCAAGGGAGGCAAGGUGGUGAACGAUGACUGCACCCACGAGGCUGACGUCUACAUCGAGAAUGGCAUCAUCCAGCAGGUGGGCCGCGAGCUCAUGAUCCCUGGCGGGGCCAAGGUGAUUGAUGCCACAGGAAAACUGGUGAUCCCUGGUGGCAUCGACACCAGCACCCACUUCCACCAGACCUUCAUGAAUGCCACGUGCGUGGACGACUUCUACCAUGGGACCAAGGCAGCACUCGUCGGAGGCACCACCAUGAUCAUCGGCCAUGUCCUGCCCGACAAGGAGACCUCCCUUGUGGACGCUUAUGAGAAGUGCCGGGGUCUGGCCGACCCCAAGGUCUGCUGUGACUACGCCCUCCACGUGGGGAUCACCUGGUGGGCACCCAAGGUGAAAGCAGAAAUGGAGACACUGGUGAGGGAGAAGGGUGUCAACUCGUUCCAGAUGUUCAUGACCUACAAGGACCUGUACAUGCUUCGAGACAGUGAGCUGUACCAAGUGUUGCACGCUUGCAAGGACAUUGGGGCAAUCGCCCGCGUCCAUGCUGAAAAUGGGGAGCUUGUGGCCGAGGGUGCUAAGGAGGCACUGGAUUUGGGCAUCACAGGCCCAGAAGGAAUCGAGAUCAGCCGUCCAGAGGAGCUGGAAGCUGAAGCCACUCAUCGCGUUAUCACCAUUGCAAACAGGACUCACUGUCCGAUCUACCUGGUCAACGUGUCCAGUAUCUCGGCUGGUGACGUUAUCGCAGCUGCUAAGAUGCAAGGGAAGGUUGUGCUGGCGGAGACCACCACUGCACAUGCCACGCUGACAGGCUUACACUACUACCACCAGGACUGGUCCCACGCGGCUGCCUAUGUCACGGUGCCUCCCCUGAGACUGGACACCAACACCUCAACCUACCUCAUGAGCCUGCUGGCCAAUGACACUCUGAACAUCGUGGCAUCAGAUCACCGGCCUUUCACCACAAAGCAGAAAGCUAUGGGCAAGGAAGACUUCACCAAGAUCCCACAUGGAGUGAGUGGCGUGCAGGACCGCAUGAGCGUCAUCUGGGAGAGAGGAGUGGUUGGAGGAAAGAUGGAUGAGAACCGUUUUGUGGCCGUUACCAGUUCCAACGCAGCUAAGCUUCUGAACCUGUAUCCCCGCAAGGGCCGCAUUAUUCCCGGAGCCGAUGCUGAUGUGGUGGUGUGGGACCCAGAAGCCACAAAGACCAUCUCAGCCAGCACGCAGGUCCAGGGAGGAGACUUCAACCUGUAUGAGAACAUGCGCUGCCACGGCGUGCCACUGGUCACCAUCAGCCGGGGGCGCGUCGUGUAUGAGAACGGCGUCUUCAUGUGCGCCGAGGGCACCGGCAAGUUCUGUCCCCUGAGGUCCUUCCCAGACACUGUCUACAAGAAGCUGGUCCAGAGAGAGAAGACUUUAAAGGUUAGAGGAGUGGACCGCACUCCCUACCUGGGGGAUGUCGCUGUUGUCGUGCACCCUGGGAAAAAAGAGAUGGGAACCCCACUCGCAGACACUCCUACCCGGCCCGUCACCCGGCAUGGGGGCAUGAGGGACCUUCAUGAAUCCAGCUUCAGCCUCUCUGGCUCUCAGAUCGAUGACCAUGUUCCAAAGCGAGCUUCAGCUCGGAUCCUCGCUCCUCCCGGAGGCAGGUCGAGUGGCAUUUGGUAAAGGCAUUGCCAAGCCCCCCGAGUGAGGACGCACCGCCGCCACCAGCCCGCAACUCUCCGGCCGCAGCUGCAGGGGCAGGAGAGGCUGGGCUGGGCAGCACACCACCCAAGGGGGGCCCCGGGACCCACGGAGCCCUCCCUAUGUCUGCAAAGUGAUUCACUGUGCUUCGAGCCAACUCUAACAGGCACUCUGAGAUGUGUUCCUCCUGCUGUAGUCCUUUCUGCCUUGGCCUCGGCUGGCUUUUCUGGGGCCCAGGAAGCCCACACUAUGCACAGAGCCCAAUGCAUAGAGCCCUGGCCAGCCCUUCCUCUCACUCCUGCCUCCGCUGGCUUUGGGAAAGCCCAGACUUUAGUGCCCUGCCCCCUGGCUGACUGACCAGUUGCCCAGAGCACUUUAGCAGAUGUGGUUUCAAAGUAAAGGCCUCCUCCCCCACCCCUUAGGCCCCGUGGUGACAUUUCCCAAGUCAGACAGAUGUCAGCUUCCCAGCCAUGCCCAGGACGUCCUAUCUCCCCCAACCCACCUCUGGCCCUGUGUAGGGGCAGGGAUGGGGGUGGCUGGGACUCCCGGUGCCCCUCGCCAGCUUCUCCUGCGCCCCGCCCACACCCUCAGGGGGUCACAGGCCCAGAAGGGUAGCUGGGCAGGGCUCGAGGCUGGUGCCAGGCACGUGUAAAUGGUUUUGUUUUGCACGUUUGGUUUGCGCAGUAGUUUGGUUUGACUUGUUUGUGCAUCCUGUGAAAAAUAACGGUGCUUGUGUCACUAGCAUAGAAUAGCAACAGGAAUAGAUGUGGUCCUUAGGAGACGCUGCACUCGACACCAACCAGACAGCACAGGGCAGGGGCGGUGGAGGGGGCUGGGCUCACAGGCCUCUCUUUUCCCCGCCUGCGGUCUUCUGGGCUGCGGGAGGCCCUGGCCCUUUCCCCUUCCCCUCCCCUCCUUGUCUAGUUUCCCACAUUCCAAAAGGAGGCCUGGGAUGCUAGCCCCGGAGAUGCCAGCCCUUCAGGAAGCAGGUGUCCUUUCCCCUCUCUGCCCCUGAUCACUCCCAGCACUCCCCUUGCCUUUCCCUGUCUUCACCUGCCACCACACACACACACACACACACACACACGCACGGCUUCCUAUAACUUCUUCCUGCUGGACAGAGACUCAGCGCUCCUCCUGUGUGACUGGCAAGAGGCCUCAUGCCUGCUGAGAGAGGAGGAGUGGGAGAGGGGCUUGCCAGACACCAGAGAGGGAGACCCCAGGCCCACAGGACCUGGCUGUCGAACCCGCAUUGCUGCUCAGGUGCCGUGAUCUCCCGUGGUCGGCACCAGGCCCUCGCCAGCUCAUGGCCUCAUCUUCUCCCCUGUCCAUCCAGGUAGGCCCUCCCUGCUUCUAAAGCCCCACAGAAGUUCCCAUGGAAACACUAGAGGCCGGGUGUCUCCUUCCACCUCCAGUGAUCUGGGAAGUGACCCAGCUGCCUGCCCUUGUUAAGCCUUGUCUGCCCCGUGGGAAGUGACUUCAUGUUGCACAUGUGAUUUCAGCCCCCGAGGCUUGCGCGAGGCUUCUGGACCCUCAGUUAAAGGUCAGCCCCUGGCCGGGUGCGGUGGCUCACGCCUGUAAUCCCAGCACUUUGGGAGGCCGAGGCGGGUGGAUCACGGAGUCAGGAGAUCGAGACCAUCCUGGCUAACACGGUGAAACCCCGUCUCUACUAAAAAUACAAAAAUUAGCCAGGCGUGGUGGCGGGCGCCUGUAGUCCCAGGUACUGAGGAGGCUGAGGCAGGAGAAUAGCGUGAACCCGGGAGGCGGAGCUUGCAGUGAGCCAAGAUCACGCUACUGCACUCCAGCCUGGACGACAGAGUGAGACUCCAUCUCGAAAAACAGACAAACAAAAAAGUCAGCCCCUGCACAUCUCUGUAGUGCUUUUCAUGUAUUCAAACCACUUCCAUAUAUGACCUCUCACUUGGUCCUCAUGACAAUGGAGCACUUAUUAUUAUUCCCAUUUUACAGAUGAGGAAACUAAGACCCAGAAAGUUCAGGUCCUCUGACCCCAGAAGUGUCUGUGACGACCCUCCCAACCUUGGCUAUCUACCCCAGCUGUGGAGAGGAGGUCUGGGGUGACAUCUAUUGUAGAUCCCACCUGAGAGUUUAACCAAUGAGAAGACUUACUUUCCUGGUAGGCAGCCUGCUUUGUUUUGCACAGGAAGAUAGAUUUUUUUUCUCAUCUUUCUUAUAAACAACCUCAUGCACAUUCUGUGUUUGAGCCAAGACUAGUCACCCAUUGGGGGCUAACCGUGCAGUGUGAGCUGCAUCCACACCCUCACUUCUCCCUUCACUCCCCCUUUCCUCACUCAGGGGCUGAGAGGACAGAGGUGGUCAGCCGGGGAGCAGAGGUGGCGAAGGGGCUCAUGGCAAGUGGCAGCCAUUGGAACAGGGGUGAGGACCCAGGCCUGGGAAAGCCACCAGGGAUGGGGGAAACCAUGACGCCGCCUCCUGGUGCAGUGCACACCAUCUCUAUCCCUGUCAGCCCUCACUGGGUCAUGGGCCUUGGGCAGAUGCCAAAGAGCCCAGCAGCAGCGGUAGUGGCCAGCUGGGCAGAGCAUCCUUGCUUGGGCUAGGAAAGCUUUACCUUCUCUGAGUGCCUCCACCCGAGAGAUGUGUGACCCGUGGCACCGGGGAACCACAUCUUGGAGUGGUCCACUGUAGGCCAUGCGCUUCAUCCACCCCCAGUCCUUACAUAGGCCCUACCCUUGCCCGGGAGCUUCUAGAUAGAAAUCAGAAAGAGAUUCAAGGAGCCGAAUGAGCGGUCAGCCCCCACCAUGCACUCCUUGCCCCGUGCAGAGCUCCAGCCAGCUUCGUCACCAGCCCCACUGGCUCCUGGUUGGAAUGAAAGGGUCUCUGGUUGCACUGAAUGCAGCUCUCAAACUGGUCUUGUACUUGCUGAAUAAAUACUGUUGUUCUUGCCUUAGCUGCUCUCUAGGUUUGUGGGGUUAAGUUGCCAGAAAAUUGUGCUACUGUGUGUGCGUGUGCGUGCGUGUGUGUAGUGCUAGGAGUCCACAGUAGGUCUCUGUCAAGCCAAUGUCGUGAUGAGGGCUUUUCCGAUACUGACCCAGAAGCCACAGAACCACAAGGAAACCCAAACCCCCUCCAGCUGCUGAGGCGCAGGCACAGCCUGGGGUCGGGAUGGAGCCUCCAGCACCCCAGCACCCAGGUGACUUCCCCACUCCCCUGUAAAUGUCAUGGUGCUAAGACUGUGUCAACCCCAAGACGACACAUGGUCCUGUGCUUUGGCCACCGUUUGAGGCAAAAACUAAACAGCCCGACACGUUGUGUUCUGGUGCAGGUUUGUAUUAAACUGUAGCUACUUCUCA